AAUCAGCAGCAGAUAGAUCGCAGGUGUGCGUUUAGCUAGCACGCUUUAAACCUGCUUUAAAUUAAACAUGGCUACUCAGGACCAAAAACCGAGCUUUUUGAGAAAGCAAAACUUAUUGGCUAAAGAUGUUUGUCUGGUUUUGGUUUUUCGUUUGUGUUGUUGCCACCUGUCGGUUUUUAACCGCUAAACACGUGAUGAUUGGUCAGCCACAUAAAGUCCCAGUCAACAGCCCUGGUGUGUUAAAGGCUGCACGAUUUGCUGUAGUUGAUUUUAACAGAGCCAACAUAGACGAGGUGUUUGCCUACAAAAUUAUGAAUGUCACCUCGGCCAAAAUGCAGAUUGUCGCUGGGAUAAACUAUAUCCUUGAUGUGCAGCUGGGACGUACAGUGUGCAAGCGGAGGGACACGGAUGACAGUGAGCCAUGUGCUCUCCACUCUGAACACAAGGAGUGCCACUGCCACUUCAUCGUUACCGAAAUCCCUUGGGAGAAUUUAUGUGUACUUACUGAAAACAAGUGUCAACGAGAUUAAAAAUGAACAUUUUGGUGUA